AUGGGAGUACCAGGAAAUUAUUUUAGUACUCACUUUAUUAUGGGUGGUGAAAAAUUUGAUACACCACAACCAGAGGCAUAUUUAUUUGGAGAAAAUAUGGAUUUAAAUUUUUUUAGUAAAUGCCCUACUACAUUUCCAUACCCGCCCCCUGAAAUAGGAGAACCUACUAAACCGUUAAAAAGUUUGGUAAAUAUUAGAAAAGAAUCAUUGCGUUUUAUACGUACAGAAGAAGGUAAAACUACAUUCAAUAUAGAAUUUACCUUUGAUUGUGAUUCACCUUGUUCAAUAACAAUAUAUUAUUUCUGUACUGAAGAUUUUACACCAAGUGGGGUUUCUUUUAACUGUCGUGAUCCAUCGAUGACAUCUGAAGUAUACCAUUAUAAACGAGGUUCAAACCAACAGUUUAUUCAACCAUUGCAUAUGUUUGAUCCAAGUUUAUACACUACUGAGGACUUAACCUAUGCAUUUAACAAAGAAGUUAUUCCGAUUGCUAUACAUUGUAUAGCUCAUGAUACUUCUGAAGAAACACGACAGUCACAUACCACAAUUGCAGUUGUUGAACAAUACUCUGAUGGUUCCUACAUUUUAAAAGCUUUAAAACAAAAAUUAUUCGUAGAUGGGUUAUGCUACUUACUGCAAGAAAUAUAUGGCAUUGAAAAUAAGACACCGGAUUUAAAAGAUUCUGGAGAUGAAGAUUUAGAAGAUGGUAGUUCAGAAUGCGUAAUAUGUAUGAGUGAUAUGCGUGACACWUUAAUUUUGCCUUGCCGUCACUUGUGUUUGUGUCAAUCUUGUGCAGAUUCUUUACGAUAUCAAGCUAAUAAUUGUCCAAUAUGCCGCGUUCCAUUCCGUGCUCUUUUACAAAUAAAAGCUUUACAAAAAACAUUAGACAAUAAUCAUAGAAUUGAUUUACGUACACCUUAUGGCUACGAAACUGUUCCUUUAAUUGAAGCUCUCAAUGGUCCAAAUUUUCGACGAUAUAGUAAUGCCACUAAAGUUCCUAGUGAUCAUUUACUAGAAUCUUCACCUGAUAGCCAAUGUGCUGGACUUACUAUGUCUAAAAUGAGUUUAGACAGGCUUUCCAGAAAAAAAUCUUGCAGCCUAGAUUCUCAUGGUGAAUCAUUAAGCCUUAGUGAUAAUUCUUUAAGUUCUAAUGGUGCUGCAUCUAUCAGUGAUAAAUCAUCUAAAGGUUCUAUUAAGGAUGAAAUAAAACCUCAUAGUCGUUCAUAG